GCAAAAGACAAUGCGACUGCUUUGGCUGCUGUUCAUUUGCCAGUCAGUUUGUUUGUGGAACACUGCAGCGAAACUGCAAAAGGCCAAACCUAGAGGCGGACUACAACAUGAAUCCAACAUGCAGGAGAUGGAUGAGUCAAACCACUCCUAUGCUGAUUACAGAGCACAGCAGGUUGUUGAUGCAGACAACAAUCAAUUGCGGGCGGAGGAGGAUGUCGAGGAGGAUACACAAGAGAUAGGGGCAAGUGCAAAGCAGAUACCCGCAGUGCAAGUAAAAGUGACAAAUGAAGUGGAAAGUGCCAUGAUGAUGAUGAUGAGGGCGACAGAAGUUGAGGAAAAGCAGCAACUGCAACAACCCAAUGGCAAUGGGCAGGACGAAAAGGACAGACCAGAUAUACAUAAUGUAAUGGCCGGCGACGAGGGCGUGAACGUGGGCGUUGGCCUAAUGAGCCCCAAUGCGCUGCCAAUAUCGGAAAGGCAUAAUUUUGACGACGACAACAACAACAACAAAAGCAAUAAUAACAGCAGCAGCAGCAACGCUGGCCAAAUGGUUGGCGAUGAGCAACUAUUGCGAUUGCAGGACUACAAUUUACUGUACAAUGCCGAACGGCAGACAUACUUUCAACUGCACUCGUGCAAUGACCAUCCUCCAAUGAAUAGGCCGUCCUUGUCGAGUGGUAAUCGACUGUUGCAGCAGGUCGUUGGCAAUACGCUGAGUGCCGCAUUUGGCCUGAAUGCGAAUGCGGUGAGGCCUACAGCCAUGCAGCAGAUGACCACACAAACAGUGCGGCUCUAUGAUGCCGUCUCGUUGCGACAGUCCCGCUUCAAUCCCUUCAAUCCCACGCGCAUCAUCAUACAUGGCUGGCUGGGCAAUGCAUAUGCGAACAUUUAUAGUUAUUUGGUGCCGGCCUAUUUGAGUCUGGACGAUGGCAAUUACAACAUAUUCACCGUGGACUGGGGUCGUGGUGCCAUAGCGGACUAUAUAACAGCCAGUUAUAGGGUGAAGCCUGUGGGUCAAGUUCUGGCCAAGUUUCUGGAUUUUCUGCACAAGGAGGCGGGCAUGCGGUUUGAGGAUCUGCAGCUGAUUGGCUUUAGCAUGGGCGCCCAUGUGGCUGGUCUUGCCUCGAAGCACGUGCUGACGGGUCGUGUGCGUGUGAUUCGUGCCCUAGAUCCGGCACAGCCCUUCUUCCGUUACGCACAGGAGCGGGAGCGAUUGGAUAAGGGGGAUGCGUACUAUGUGGAGGUGCUGCACACAAGCGUCGGCAGCUACGGCUUCGAUCGCCCGCUGGGCCAUGUGGAUUUCUAUGCCAAUUGGGGCAGCCAGCAGCCGGGCUGCUUCUGGCACGAGUGCAGCCACUGGCGUGCCUUUGCGCUCUUCAAGGAGAGCCUGGAGGCUCGGGGUGCUGCCUUCGAGGCCAAGGGUUGUCUGCCCAGUGCCUGGCAGGAGUUGAUACGCUACAAGCGUUGCACGCAACCAACGGGACAGCGUCUUCAUAUGGGCGGUGAUUUGGGCGCAUUAUCAAUGCAGCAGUUGACGCAACGUGAGGGCGUUUAUUAUUUUGAGACCCCAGCAAAACCGCCCUACGCUACACUCAAAAAAACAUGAAAUG